UAUUUAUAUUAGGUUUUAUUUAUUUAAACUGAUACCUGCUCUAAGCACUUGGAAUUUCACUUAAAUUUGUUGUCCUGUGUGGACCAUUCAGUUGAUGACUGUACUCCGCUUGGAUAUUGUGAAUUGAAGAAACAAGGUUUUUUUUGCGCUUACUAUAAGUGUUAUGUGUGGUGUGGCAAGGGGGUGAGCCAUGAACCCCUUCUACCCCCACACAUAACCACCACCACCCUUCCCUGACCCGCCUCAAUUCUGCCCUUCAUGAAAGCCAUGAGUUUACCUUUACAACAGAAGCCCAACAAUAAGAGAACAGGCAAGCGCAUUUCAUUCUUCAAAGACCAGAGCGUGACCAUGAAGGAGGCCUCCCAGAAUGCAUCUGAAGGGCCCUACUAUGGCCUGGGUGGUGCCCUGGCAUCAGAGUCGGGGCACAGUGCCACUUCAGGAGAGGCAAGCUCAGCUGAUGAGGGGCAGCGUAUGUUCCUGAACUCCGUUAUCUUUAGCCCAGAGAAGGGAGAGCAGAGCCAUGGACAUUACCAGCAGAUGAUGCCCAUGAAGUGGGCCCUCCAGAACCCUUCCCAGCAGCCUCAGCAAAGGCCCACUGGUGGCAACUGGUCGCAGAGCAUCACCAUGACCACCUGGACGCAGAACUUAGCCCCAAACUUGACUUCCCAGAACACUUUCCCCAAGCAGAUGCCCUCUGAGGACAUCUCUGCUCAGCAGCAGCAGCAGCAGCAGCAGCAGCAGCAGCAGACCGCCUCUACUAGGACUGGUGAAAAGCAACAACAGCCACAACAGCAGCACCAACAACUGGUGCCCAGCUCUUCUAUAGAUGCCUAUAGAGAUUCAACUAAAGGGCACGUUAUGGACUGGGAGCAGCAGCAGCAGCAGCAGCAGCAACAGCAGCAGCAGCCACCUCAACAGUCCUUUCAUCCAAGCCAUAAGCCUGCAGGACUAAACACUCAGCAGCACUCAGGAACCAACCCUGCUGGUAUCCCUGCUGGUGUGCUCCAGCCAUUUCAGGUGGCCUUUGGACAGCCUAAACAGCACCUGCCAGCUGGCUACUAUCAGGUGUUCCAGCAGCAAGGUGGUAGGACGUUGCCAAAUUUGAGUUAUAGCAUGCAGACUAACUCACAGCAUCAGAUGCAGUCGCUGCAAAAGCAGGAUCAACAGCAUGUGCAGAGACAGCAACAGCAGCAGCAACAGCAGCAGCUGAUCUUGCAGCAGCAACAACAACAAAUGCAACAUCAAUACCAACAGCAACAAUUAAUUCAUCAACAACCAGUGCAACAGCAGCCACACCAUCAGCCCCAGACACAACACAUACACCAGCAGUCACAACCGAUGCAGAAACAGAUACAACUCACACAGCACUCUGAGCAAAUGCAUGAGUUACAGGCACAUUUAGAGCACACCUCUCAAGCGCAACAACAUCAACAACAUCAACCACAACAACAGCCCAUGCAGCAUAUACAUUCACACCCGACGCUGCAGCAACAGAAGCUGACAACACAACAGCAGCCACAACAAAGUCAACAGCCUCAAACCGUUCCACAGCAGAAAAAUGAACCACAAAUUCAGCAGCACAGUCAGCACCAGUCAGAGUUCAAUCCCAGUCACUCUCACACCCUCUCCCAGUCACAUCCAGACCAGCCACAGACCCAGCCGAUGAGCCAUUCUCAUUUACUCUCUGAUAAAUCAGCCAAGGACAUCCAGUAUCCCCACGACCCCCAGCAGUCGCCUCCCAGAACUUUGCAACCAAACGAGCCUCUGCAGCCCCCCCACAGGUCACAGGUCACAGGUCACAGGUCACGUCGCCUCUCCAGAGAAGAUGAGGGGGCUCCAGGGGACAACCCUUUUCUCCUGCCUGCAGAGCAGAGCCAGGGGCCUCAGGGCUUCCAGGAUCCCCAGAAAGGAGCCUCUGACAGGGCAGCAAGGGUCCUUGGGGGGGAGGAGGUGAAGGCAGCUCCAACGGGGGUGAUUCAGAGCACGCGGAGGAAGAGGAGGGUCUCCCAGGAGGCAAAUCUUGAGACAUUGGCCCAGAAAGCCUCAGAGAUGGAGUCCCUGCCGUCGGACAUUCUGAAGGAUUCUCACAGGCCCUGGAGUCCUUCAUCGGAUCACUGCCCAAGAGAUCGGGACAUGGAGGGCGUGGCAGCCAAACGUCACCGGGACGAGUCACUCCUCCCUCUCGUCAUCCCGGUGUCGGUACCGGUGCGGCCCGUAGAGCAAGGGUCCUCCCCGGAGCGAGACCCCGCAGGGUUUGGCCAGAGCUGGAUUGGCCACACCUCCUCCUCCCACCAGGAACACAAGCCAUCGGUCAUCGUGACGCGUCGCCGCUCGCUACGCAGCUCUCUGUCUGACAAUUCUGGCCAGAAUGGCGGUCCGGAGGACACCGACGGCAAGUCCGGCAAGUCCAAACGGCGGCCGCGUCCCGAGCCGCUCUUCAUCCCGCCGCCCAAGCUGGGCACCUUCAUCGCUCCGUCGGUCUACUCCAGCAUCACAAACUACCAGAGCCACCUGCGCUCGCCCGUGCGGCUGGCCGACAGCGUCCUGGUCAUGCCCCCCUACACGCCUCCGCCCAUCCUCAGCCCCGUGCGGGAGGGAUCCGGCCUCUACUUCUCCACCUUCCUCUCCACCGCUGCCGCCGCCGCCGCCGCUGGGAGUCAUGUGCUGCCCCCAGUGGUCACCCCCAAAUCUGCUACCCGCAGCCUGCUCCGCUCCAACAGCUGUGAUAUCACGCCUCCCGUGCUCUCUGCCAUGAGCGAAGCCACGCCUGUCAGCCUUGAGCCACGGAUAAACAUUGGCGUGCGCUACCAGGCUGAGAUCCCAGAGCUCCGCGCCCGCCCCGCCUCUCAGUACGACCAGCACAAGGCUGAGCUGGUGUGGGCCCAUCUGCCCGAGCUGGACGCCCAGCCCAAGCUGCUGGAGAGAGUGAACGACCUGCUCCACCUGGCGUGCUCCAGUGCCCUUAUGGGAGGGGGCACCAACCAGGAGCUGGCCAUGCACUGUCUGCACACGUGCAAGGGUGACGUGAUGGGAGCUCUUGCCCUCUUGCUGUUGGAAACCCCCAUAUUUACUAAACCUCACCCGCUGAGUGACUAUCAUUAUUCAGGAUCAGACAACUGGACGACUGUUGAGAAGCGCUUGUUUAACAAAGGCAUCUCUGCCUACAAGAAGGAUUUCCUAAUGGUCCAGAAACUGGUGAGCUCAAAGACGGUUGCUCAGUGCGUUGAGUUUUACUACACCUACAAGAAGCAGGUGAAGAUUGGUCGGAAUGGAACUCUCAUCUAUGGAGAUGUUGAGCCACCAGAGACAAAACCAACAGAGGAGGAGGUGGACUUCAAGAGCUCUCAGAAGUUUGAGCCUCUCAAGCAGGAGGAAGACGGCAGGAAGUGGGAGAGGUCAGCUGACAGGAAGAGAGAGAGCAGUCCCGGAAGAGUGACACAGUCCUCAGUGACCACUGAACAUUCAGAGAAAGUGUUGUCCCAGAAGACCCAGGACGGUGGUCAGAGGGACCAGGCUGUCUUUGCCCCCCAGAAGCCUGAUCCUGGAUCUGCGCAAAAGAGUGGAACCUCUGGAUCCGCUGGCAAAGGCGUGGUUGGACAGGAGGGGGAGUUCCCCUGCAAGAAAUGUGGCAGAGUCUUCUUCAAGGUGAAGAGCCGCAGUGCACACAUGAAGAGCCACGCCGAGCAGGAGAAGAAGGCGGCGGCUCUGCGCCUGAGGGAGGCUGAGGAGCGAGCGGCCGCGGCUCUCUCCGCCGCGCGGCAGAACGGCGCCAAGGACGGCAGCAGAGCGGGCAGCAAGAGCAGCAGCAGCGACGACUCCUCGGACGAAGACGAGGACGCAGACGACGAAGACUGGCAUUAGGCAGAGGAUAUAGGGGUCGGAACUCCGAACUAUGGCAAUGCAACAGUGUGGUGUACAUUCACUGGCCUCCUCCGACCUCAGGUCUGUGGCUGUUGGACAAAAUGGCAUUUUUAACUAAUGUGAAAGUUCAGAAGACCUUACCGUUGAGUGAGUGAGUGAGUGAGAGAGUGUGUGUGUGUGUGUGUGUGUGUGUGUGUGUGUGUGUGUGAUUAGUUUGAUCUGAUGGUUGAGGUGGGAAUGUCCUAAAAUAUACACCAUACUAUAAAGGCGCUGGUAUGCUUGAAGGAUUGGUCACUGCGCGUGCCAACUGUGACAUCAUCACAGCGCCAUAACCUUUUCUACUCGCGCUUCAGGCACACUUGACUCGCCUCAGUAGGUGUCGCUGCUCACAGAAAUACCAUCGAAACUGCUCCAAUUCAGCACAUUACUGUCCAGCACCAGAAAUAGACAUGAUGGUUAAACAGUAUCCCCAGUAUUCAUUUGUGGACUAACUGCUGGAAGCAGCAAUAAGAAAAGGUAAUGUGCCGAAUAGAGAACAGUGAAAUAGCCUAUAUGACAUGACAGUUAAACUGUAUUCGUUUGUGGAUUAAACUGGAUGGGCCCUAAAA